AUGACGAAGAUGAGAGACAAUGGAGAAGCUCAGGACAUUUGUAAUGAGAUUAUUAGACGAUUCGAGCUCGGGCCAACACAAUAUGCAGUCGUGGCAGUCGCUGUUCACACCAGAGACACAAGCAUCCCCCAUGUGCAUGUCGUCCAUUACUGCAUCUUGAGUAAUGAGAGCUGCCGAUGUGUUUCAUUCUGUCGCUUCGUUCGAAGACCAAACCGCUCGUCUAUUUGGCCUACAAGCGCCACAGCAUGGAACUUCUUCUAUCUCAUCCAGUAUAUGUAUAGCGACCUCCGACUUUUGGAACACUUUAAAGUGGGAGGAGCCGACUGGGGUCGUGACUGUAGAGCUAAAGUUAGACAAGCGGAGGAAGCGAUCCACGAUUGGAUCAGGGAGAACCCAGUGUCGUCGCUAACAAACUUUGUGCGCAAUCCCAGGUGGCUUGCCGACCCCAACUUAUACGAGGUCUGUUAG